AUGGAGGCGUGUCGAUCGCUGUGCGCGCGGGGACGCGGGCUCGAGGCGCGACACUUCGGCUUCGGCGUGCUGCGGGACGUGGCGCGGACGCGCUGGCGAGGGCUGACGGCGGAGGAGCGGAUGGAGAUGGCGAGCUUGGCGCACGGGAUGCUGCUGGAGGUGAGCGCGGGAGACGCGGCGGAGGCGUACGCGGUGAAAUCAAAGGCGGCGACGCUCGUGGCGGAGACGGUGCGGCAGGAGGGCGCGAGUCUGUGGACGAGGUUGGUGCCGGAUUUGGUGAGCAUGACGACGGGGGACGAGGCGCAGAGGGCGGAGAUGGGGGUGAACGUCAUACGGUACGUCGCGGAGGACGUGGCGGUGUAUAACGAGGACAUGAUAGGUGGGAAGAUGCGAGAGUUGUUGGGCGGGUUGUCGAGCACGGUGGGGACGAUUUUGCCGGCGAUUUACGCGCUGAUGGAGAAGCAUUACACCAAGGCGACCGCGGCGACGGAUCGCGAGGUGGCGAAAAGGCACGCCGCGGCGGUGAAUGCGGCGCUCGGGGCGGCUGCGGUGUACAGCGAGUGGGCUCCGUUGGCGCCAAUCAUGCGGAGCGGUUUGAUCGAGGCGUGUGGGAUGCUCUUGGCGAGCGAUGAAUUUCGUUGCGCGGCGUGCGAUGCUUUGAGACACGUCGUCGCUCGCCGUGCCAACGUCGCGCAAGGCGUGGACGAGCAAGAUGAUCAGGAUAUCAUCAAGGGUUUGACGCUCGCGGCGAACGCGAUGUCCACGGCGGCGGAACGCGUGAUUUCGCACCCGAACCAAGCCGAUCUCGUGAGCGAUCCAGAAGAAGUCAUGUUCAUCAAGAGACUGGGUGAGACGAUGGCAUCGAUGGCGGGGUACCAUCUCAGCACGAUCACGGACGAGAGCACGCGUAACGUGUUCCUCGAGCGAUUGAUGGGGCUGUCGCGAUUUCCUAGUUUGGAGGUUUUGGACGUCGUUAUCGGCGCGUGGCCGGUGAUGCUCCGCGCCAUGGGUGCCGAGCUUCCCAAGACGUUCGUGCGAGGACCACCGUCGCAAGGAGUUAAUAAUCCAUACAACGCGCAAAAGCUCGAGCCGAACGGGAUUCUUCCCAUGGGCGCUCCCGAGGUUUUGCUCGAAAUCUCGCGCGUGUGGCUCAACGCCGGCGCGGGCAUCGCCUCUGGGUUUGACACCAAUGGUAUUCCGGGUAAUAAAGCGGAAGAUUGGGCCGAUGAAUUCGAAAGCGUGGUAGAGCUUCGCGAGACGUGGGUGCAGCUUCGGGCGAAAUGGAUGGACAUCACCAAGUUGUGCACGGCGUUGUGUCCGAGCAGCGCGGCGAAUCAAGCGUCGCAAAACACGCUGAUGGUGAUUUCGUGGACGCAACCAGGCGGACCUUUGGCGAAUAGCUCGGAUGAAACGAAAUGCGCGGCUCUGGAGGGUGCGACGUCGUUUUUAGAAGCCAUCAUGGUCGCUCUUCCGACCGAGGGUCCGUCGUUUAUGGGCUUCGCUAGCACGUUGGAGGCGCUCCUCGGCCAGCUCGUGGCGAUUGACUUCAAGGCGCCGCUGAGCAACGCGCAGGUGUCCAAAUUGCUCGAAACGUUCGGCAAGUUUGCCCGGGCGCGUCCAGAAGUGGCUCUGACGAUAAUGAGUCGACUUUUUACGAUUUUGAAUGAAUUGCCCGCCGACGUACAAUCUGGAGCGCCGCCGGUGCGGCAGCGCGACAUCGUCGCGAGCGGGCGCACGGGCCAGGCGGCGAGACAAAAAGUGUGCGCGGCGAUUCUCAUAGUUUGUUCAGCGGCCCCAACGGCUUUGAACCCACAUCUGGAGGCUUUUGCCUCUCAAAUCGAAACCAUGAAAUCUUCCGGACGACUGAGCGGCGCCGAGCGAGGUUCGCUCGCCGAGGCGCUCCUCGCGGUUGCUGGGCCGUCCGGCGCGCAGCGCGUGCGCGAAGUUCUCGAGUGGCUGCUGUCAUCCGUCCGAAAUAGAUGGGUUCCUGGGGGUGCGCUCUCGCCAGAGGUUGAGCAUCUGUUGGCCAUUUCUACGAUGGCGGCGGGCGAAGCCGCCGGCGGAACGCAAGGCUUGUCGUCGGCGCACUGGGAGCUGUUUCACGACGUACAACUCACCGAGCGUUGUCUUCGACGGAGUUUGGGUGAUGCGGAAACAGCUAAAGUACCGACAGGUUUGAUGAAGCCCGUGGACCCACCGCCACCGAUAUCGGAAUGUCCGGCAGUGGAUCAUAUGGAAUGGGCCGUCUCGCUCGUCUCGUGCUUGGCGCGAAGAAUUCACUCGUACUGGACUCCGCAAGGGAGCGCGGCGAUGCACAGUUGCCAAUUAGGCGCGGCGCUUGGAAUGAGCCCCGAAGAGAAGGCGGCGUAUUUGAUUCACGGUCCGGCGCGAACGCAAGUUCUCAACGAGGAAGAACCCGGGACGAGCACGACGGCGAGCGCGUCUCGCGAUUGGAUGCGAUGCCUGCGCGAUUGCUCGUACUCGGUCUUCGCGUUGUUCAGCAUUCACGCUCCCGCGGCAUUUUACCCGAACCAAGCCUUAGCGAGCGCGUGUGGUGGGUCUAUGUUAGCUGAUCUGCCGUACAUGGAGCUCAGGCACGUUCGUCAAGUCGUGCACGCGGCGGUGCGACCGAUCAUGGGGCGGUGUCCGGCGGCGCAUCGCGCGAUGUGGCAGACGGCGCUCGUGAACCCGCUGUGCGCGGCGCUGCACGACCGCCUCGCCAAGGAAUGGGCGAACACGCGCGUGGUGAACGCGACCAAGGCGCAAGAAAGAGGAGAUGAAGACGACGAGACGGAUGGCGUCGAGGUGAAUGAUUUGAUUUCUGAACGAAUUCUUCGCGACAUCACGCGGGACCACUGCGCGAUGCUCGCCAUCGUCGCGGCUCCCGAAGGCACGUUCGGGCGCAAGACCAAAGGGAGUGGGUUGACUGGUGUCAUGGGUGAUAUGUCAAACACGCUAUUAGGGACAUCGUACGCCGGAGGGAAACACAUAUUGGAUUGGAUCGCGCACGGUGACGCUAACGCGAUUCGCGCCGGCAUCGCCACGGGGGCCGCCGCGCUCACGUGGGAAGACGCGGAAUCCACCGGCCACGCCGUGAACUUUGUGCGCGGGCUGUGUGCCGCCGCCGGGAGCGCGAACGCACCGCAAGCGUUGCGAGACAACGUCGGUUCAGAUGUCUUCCAAGCCACCCUCGUGGCGCUGACGCAAAGCUCCAACGCCGCGCACCAAGCCGACAUUCUCGGCUUGAUUCGCGACAUCAUCAUUUGGCUCACCCCGAAGACGCAAUCCGUGGUACAAAUCUUGAUGAGUCUUCCCGGAAUGACGCAGCAAGCCCUCGAUUCAUGCGUGCGAGAGCUCGGUGCCAUGCGAAGCGAGAAGAAAGCCGCUAAUUUCGUCAAGGACUUCUUAAUCAACGCCAGCGGAGGAGGAGAAGAGCUUCGCGCCCUCGUCGAGGCGCGUUCGCAAACCAACAAGAGCGGCGUCGCGAUUCAAAUACCGAAGACCGCCCCGCGAAAUCCAGUGAAGCAAUCGACGAGUCCGGACAAUCACGGUUUCUCCGCCGAGGCGGCGUCCAACGCGAUCGGACUGUGA